AAUGAAGCAUUGAAAACCACAGUACAAGAUUCACAAAAUAAGCUUGAAUCUUUCCAGAAAGAGAACGAAGCAUUGAAAACCACAGUACAAGAUUCACAAAAUAAGCUUGAAUCUUUCCAGAAAGAGAACGAAGCCAAAAAAGUCGCCUUUUCUGUUGGACUUCUGGAAUCUGGAACAGGAAACACUGGGCCCAUUAGAACUGGGCAAACUCUGGUCUACAAAAAAGUCUUUAGUAAUAUUGGAGGUGGCUAUGACUCAAAUACUGGUGUUUUCACAGCACCAGUGAAAGGAGCGUAUUACUUCAAAUUUUACGGUCAUUGUCAUGGUGGAACCACAAUGGCAGUUAGUCUCUUGAAGAAUGGUCAAACCCAGUGCUCUCUGCAUUCUUGGAAGCCUACCUCCAACAGUAAUGCCAGCAAUGGUGUUGUUCUCACACUGGAGACCGGUGAUCAAAUUUAUACACAACUUUGGCCGAACACCUGGGUUUAUGAUGAUCCAGCAAGUUACACAAGUUUUGGUGGUUUUCUGAUUUUUCCCUUGUGAAUGUCUUCUGUAACCCAUAUCCAGUGCAGUACACAAUGUGUAAAUUAUUUUAUGGAAUUUAAUUGUUCCUGUGUAAGUGAACUAUAUCUUUGUAAGUAAGAGUAAACAUUGGGCACAAAGAAGGGAGAUUAUUGCUUUUGUUACAAUAGCUGCAAGUCUAAACAAAGCAGAGUGAAAAAGAGUAAAGGAGCUAAGCUCAUGAUCUUUCUAAGAACAAGUGUAGCACUUACCAUGUUUCUAGCAUAUCAAAUGUUGAACAUUUAAUUAAAAAAAAAAAAACAAUUAUGUCACUGA